CUUGUGUACAGUCAUUUUUGGAGUCCAUAAAAAAGAUUGAAAGCCGGCUUACUUAUGUACUAAAACACGACCGUUCUUGCAGAUUUAUCCAACAACAACGGGGAUCUUGGUGCUCUAAUUGUGGACGAUUCGUAUCAAAGUCCAUCUGGGCAAGGGACGGACACAGUCGCUGUUGCUGUGAGUGCAGACUCACCAGCGAAACUUCACCACCACAACGGGGCCACGAGCGAGUCAGCCAUGUACAAUCUCGAACAGGACAACGACGCGUUCAACGGUGGGGAUGAAACCGAUGCGUUGACCGGGCGACCCGUGUCGAGACACGGCACUGUCAAAGCAAGUUUCAACCGGGACCAUAGCCACAAUGCUAUUGAGUAUGAACUGGAUAAAUUGAAAUCAGAUGACGGGGAGCAUGCGGCAGAAAACAGAGCAAAGGUUAUUAGAUCUAUGCCGGCAACUUUAAACAAGAAGAGAGAACUUCGUGAAAAGUAUGGAACAGGGAAGUUAAAAGCCCUGUCAGGUUGGAAAUCAUUCAAGUACAACAAUGCAUUGAGAUGGAAACACUUCAAGGAGAGUAUGUACGAUUUGGUGCUGACCUUUGAGGUAUGGCGGGCGUCACUCAAAGAAGUUGAAGGUAAAUUCGGCACAGCUGUGGUAUCUUACUUUGUCUUUCUCAAGUGGAUGUUAUUCCUGAAUCUGUACAUCUUUAUCUUGAUGUUUGGAUUGAUCGUCAUACCGCAAUUCAGCCUCCGCGGUCAAUACGUUGAAACAUCUACUUGCGAGACAGAGUACAAUAACAACGUGGACAACAAGUGUGCUGAAGGCCAGACAGAUCAAUGUAUUGUGGACUUCAUUGGUGGCACGGGAUGGAUGGAGCAGACUGAGUUAUUCUACGGUACUUACCCACCGACGUUCAGUAACACCAACAGCUCCUCUCUUGUCACCUUCUUAGACAGUGUCUACAUCAUCCCGCUGGCCUACCUCCUUACAACGGCCGCCUAUUUUCUUCUCUCGCUUCUGCUGAUGGUCCAGUAUACUGCCCGUGGUUUUAAGGAAAGUCUAUCCAACCAGGAGGACUUCCAGUACAAGUCCUGCAACAAAGUCUUCGCUGCGUGGGAUUUCUCCAUGACUGACGAGAAGAAUGCCUACUUGAAAUGUAGUAGCAUCCGUUUCGAACUACAGACGGAUCUUGAGGAGGAGAGACAGAAGAGGAAACGAGCGAAGAGAACCAAAAUGGAGAAAUUCAAACUGUAUUCGGUCCGCUUUCUGCUGAAUCUGGUUGUCUUGGGGAUCUUGGGCGGAGCCGGUUACCUCAUCUAUUACACCACAGAUCUGUCUGUACAGCAUUCCAAUGAGCCAAUCACGGGCAACGCAUUCGCCAGUCUCCUGAUUGGUUACCUACCAUCAAUCACCAUAACGAUUCUGAACGGCGUGGUGCCUUUGAUCUUCAAUGUAGUCGUACGAUUUGAAGACUACAGUCCGCAGUUUGAAAUCAGCAUCACUCUGGUCAGGACGGUGUUUCUACGUCUUGCAUCCCUUGGAGUAUUAUUCUUCUCACUCUUUCCGCUGAUUGUCUGUGAUGCUGAAAACGAGACAGCUUGUGGAGUCUGUAAAUCUGGAAGCCUUGUGUGCUGGGAGACGUAUGUCGGCCAAGAAUUCUACAAACUGACCAUCACAGAUUUUGCUGCUGUCGUUCUUGUUGUGCUGAUUGUGGAAUUCCCGCGAAAAUUUGCUGCUAAGCAUCUUCACUUUGGCAUCGCACAAACUCUUGGCCAUAUGGAGUUUGAGAUCCCAAAGAAUGUCUUGGCUAUCGUGUACUCACAAGCUCUCUGUUGGAUUGGUUCCUUCUACUGCCCCUUCCUUCCAGCCAUCAGCCUCUUCAAGUGUUUCGUCUUCUUCUACCUCAAGAAGUGGAGCCUACUCUAUAACAUGGUGCCGUCCUCUCGUCCAUUCCGUGCCUCCAGAUCGGGCAUCUUCUUCAUGGUUAUCUUGCUCAUCACCUUCAUGCUGUGUAUCGUACCUGUGGGGUACUCCGUUGGCGCGAUUGAACCUUCCCGUGGCUGUGGGCCGUUCCGUGGACAGCUUACCAUGUGGUCAACAGUCACUACAACAGUGGAACAAUUCAAUAACUUCUUUGAGGAAAUCUUUACGUUUAUUGGCUCUGCAGCCUUCGUGGUGCCAUUCGUCACCAUUCUCUUAUUGACGCUGUACUACUACCACGCCAUUGCGUCUGCUCACAUGGAACUUGUUAGCAGGUUGAAAGAACAGCUUGUACUGGAGGGACGCGAUAAGCAUUUCCUACUUACGCGUCUCCACGAGUUGGAGCCCAACGUCAAGGGACACAAGAAACGUAAUAUGCUUCCCCAGAAGUCAAUCACCCAGCCCCCGAAGCAGCCAUCACAAGCCUGGUCGGCUGGUGGUCCUAUGGAUGGCCAUCCGUUUGCUAAUACGCCUUAGACUACCUCUGAGGCUCACCACAGAUUAUCAAUUUCAUAGAGCUGCUUUACGGCCUAUUUUUUGCUUACUGUUUGGUUUCCAUUUCAUAGCGCUGCUAACCUUCCGGUGCUUACUCCACGAAAAUGAAUGACGAAUGAACAAUACAAAUCCAUGGUGAACGCGCAAAAUGGCUGCC